AUGAUUCAGCCUGAGCGUCCAUCUCCACACAUGGAAUUCAUUGUGGAGACUGUCAUAUUUAUUUUCAAAUUGAUUUGGUGCUGCAUUUGUGAAUUGACAAGCUGUGUUUUACAGAUAAUUAAUCCAGUAUACAAAAAUCUUUCAUCAGAUGUCAUACUUAUAACCGGAGGGGGGAGUGGUAUUGGUAGACUCAUGUGCUUAGAGUUCGCAAAAUUUUGCCCAACCAUUAUAGCUGUGGAUAUAAAUGAGUCUUCUUUAUCGGAAACAUCGGAUAUUGUUCAUCAGAAUACUGGCGUUCGGAUCAAAACAUAUGUGUGCGAUUUAAGACACAAAAAAGCAAUUGAUGAGUUGUCAUCAAGUGUACUGAGAGAAUUUGGCAAAGUAACUAUUCUUGUAAACAAUGCUGGUAUUGUAAACACAGAUAAUGUUACUGAACUAACUUCGAAUGCAAUGAAGGACUGUUUCAAAGUCAACGUCUUUUCACACUUUUACCUCAUCCAAGCGUUUCUACCAUCCAUGCUGAGUAAACCAAAUAUGAAUUCAAAUGGGCUAAAUGAUCCAGUGAAAUAUUAUCAUCCUAGAGGACAUAUUGUGUGCGUUUCAUCGAUAGCUGGCUAUGUACCUUUAGCCGGCGGUGCAGACUACUGUGCAUCAAAAGCCGCUGCCAUACUGUUAUCGGAAUCCGUCGAACUGGAACUUCUCAAUUUGGGAGUGAAUGAUGAAAUAUGUAUCACACGUAUACUUCCUUUCCUAGUCAAUACAAAUAUGUUUAAAGGCGUUACACCGAAACAUCCUUUACUAUUUCCUGUUGUGGACGCUAGCUAUUGUGCACAACGAAUUGUCCAGUCUGUGCGUUUAAACGAACGAGUUGUUUAUAUAUCACCUCGAUAUCGUAUCCUGCCUAUCUUAAAGAUACUUCUUCCGACCAAGGUGAUCCACUGCUUGUAUGGGUAUGCCAAUACAGGGGAAUACAUUAGUCAGUUGAAACUUCAUCGCAAAAAGAACGACCAACUGUAA